GCUGAGGUAGAGGACAAUCUGAAAGGGAGUCUAGAUGGCGGGGAGUGGACAUAAGAAGGAACCAACUGGCCUGAAAGGAAUGCUGAGGAUAAGCGUUGAGGGUAGGUGGGCAGGAGACACAGAAAAGAUAAGCCUGAGGGCGAUAACUGACUCCCUGAACCAAGAUGGGGCUGAGCGUCCAUGUUGUGAAUUGGAAACGGCGGGGAUGGCUGGGAAUUACCUUGGAGGAGGUAAAGGAGACACAAGGAUGGCCUUUUAACAAGUGUUGGAUGGUCUAGCGUCUGGGGUUCCUGCCAGGGGGGUUGGAAGGGGUGACACCGGGUCCCAGGGUUCCUUCCUGCUCACAAUAAGAGGUUGAGCGGGCAUGUAUGAAGUGGGAUCUCAGUUUCACAGGCGUCGACUUAUUUGAUUCUCACAAAUGACCCCACCAGCUAGAGUUGAUUAUUCUCCGCGUUUUACAGAUAGUCCCCUAUCUAGGCUGCUCGAGAAUUCAGGUCAUUUGCCCAAGGCCACCUUCGCCGGCCUGUGAUUUGAAUGGAGCGCGCUCUGUGACUCACGCCAGGUUCUAAGCCACAGGAAACGUUCUCAGAGUGUGACGGCAGUUGAAGGAUGAAGAGAGUAGCAUGUGGCUGGCCGGAAAUUCAUGAAGCAGGGGAACGCAAAGGAAAAAUGAAUUGGCGCGAGUGUCGGGGAAGAGGGGUUACCGAGUCACCAGAAUCAGAGGGAGCAGAGGACCGGACCCCAGAGUCAGAGAGAAGGAUCACGGUCUUUCCUCACGCUCCCGCCACGCCGCCUCCGCCCGCGUAUCCCCGGCCAUGGCUCUGUAGCCGCGACCCCUCUGUGCCCCCGGCCAGUCUCCGCGCUCACCGCGCCUGCGCUUUCCGCUCCUGCCGUCUCUCUUCAGCCGAGGCCGCCGCAGCCUCUUCUUUGCGCAGCCAUGGAGUCCUCCACUUUUGCCUUGGUGCCUGUCUUCGCCCAGCUGAGCAACUGCCAGAGCCUCCUCCCAGCCGUUGGUGCAGCCUCUUCCAUUGCCAUCGGGGCCCCGCGCCCGUGCUGCAGCCAUGUCACUCCUGGCGACCCUGGGGCUGGAGCUGGACAGGACCCUGCUCCCAGCUAGCGGGCUGGGCUGGCUCGUAGACUAUGGGAAACUCCCCCUGGCCCCUGCCCCCCUGGGCCCCUAUGAGGUCCUUGGGGGAGCCCUGGAGGGCGGGCUUCCAGGGGGGGGAGAGCCCCUGGCAGGAGAUGGCUUCUCUGACUGGAUGACCGAACGGGUCGACUUUACGGCCCUGCUCCCUCUGGAGCCCCCCAUGCCCUCAGGUGCCCUCCCCCCACCUUCCCCACCCCCACCUGACCUGGAAGCUAUGGCUUCCCUGCUCAAGAAGGAGCUGGAGCAGAUGGAAGACUACUUCCUCGAUGCCCCUCUGCUCCCACCAUCCUCCCCACCUCCGCCGCCGCCCCCGCCCCCGCCGGCACCUUCCCUCCCUCUCCCCCUCCCCCUGCCCACCUUUGACCUCCCCCAGCCCCCUGCCCUGGACACCCUCGACUUGCUGGCCAUCUACUGCCGCNCCCCCCCCCCCCAGUCGUGA